AUGAUGGGAGGAUCCAGAGUCCGAGUCAGAACAAGUGAAGGGAGAUGGACUGUAAACAAUAGGAUUUUAAUCUGAAACGUGGCACUAAAACUGCCACCAGAAGAUUACGUGUACAACCACACACACACACAAAGUCCCAAUGCUAAGCUGAGACCCUCGCCCCAUGGCGUUUAUAAGUCAGUAAGGAUGUGUGGGUGUGGUUGUACACGUAAUCUUCUGGUGGCAGUUUUAGUGCCACGUUUCCCCUCUAGAGAUUAGAGAGUAAGAUGGAGUUGGAACUUGGAGGAAGCAGCAGUUAACACACACACAAAUGUGUUGGUACCGGCCAGAGCAGAACAGGCCAUGCUGUAGAAACCUCAACAGCUGGGCGUGUGCUUACGACAGAGGAACUCUGACAGAAUGGGAACAGUAGUGUCUCUCUUUGUGUCUCUCUUUUAUGUCUCUCUAGGACAAAAGACAGUCAGAUUCUGUCCCAUGGUGACUUCAAACGAGAUGCCCACAGCUGUACUUGACAAACUGUCCAUCUCUCCCUGUUCUACUUUCUAAAUGUCAUCCUACCACAUAAAACCUGCAAGUCAUUCAGAGACAAGUCCAAGCUGCUGAAAAUGUACACAGUCUGUCUGUGAUGUUAUUUUACUGUUGGCAGGAUUUUCAUUUGUGCGGGUGGUAGAAUAUGAGUUAAGACUUGCAGGAUUUGGGUUGAUCUGUUCCUCGCUUCUCACCAGAUUUGAGCUGUGUGUGUGUGUGUGUGUGUGUGUGUGUGUGGUGCGUGCGAGGUGUGUGUGUGGUGCGUGCGAGGUGUGUGUGUGUGGUGCGUGCGAGGUGUGUGUGUGUGGUGCGUGCGAGGUGUGUGUGUGUGUGUGUGUGUGUGUGUGUGUGGUGCGUGCGAGGUGUGUGUGUGUGUGUGUGUGUGUGUGUGGUGCGUGCGAGGUGUGUGUGUGGUGCGUGCGAGGUGUGUGUGUGUGGUGCGUGCGAGGUGUGUGUGUGUGGUGCGUGCGAGGUGUGUGUGUGUGUGUGUGUGUGUGUGGUGCGUGCGUGCGAGGUGUGUGUGUGUGUGUGUGUGGUGCGUGCGAGGUGGUGUGUGUGUGUGUGUGUGUGUGUGUGUGGUGCGUGCGAGGUGUGUGUGUGUGUGUGUGUGUGUGUGGUGCGUGCGAGGUGUGUGUGUGUGUGUGUGUGUGUGUGUGUGUGGUAAAAGCAGUGAGUGUACUGGCACACAUUCAGAGAAGAAAUGCUGCCUUCCUCAUACUGUGAUGGGAGGUGGGAACACGCACACACUCUGUCUCUAACGCGCACACACACACACGCCCAUCACACACACUGACACACACACACACACACACACACACGCCCAUCACACACACGCCCAUCACACACACUGACACACACACACACACGGCAUGGUACAGCAUCACAACAGUAUGGCACGCCAUGCCAGGCAGCAUCACAGAUGGAUUAUGGGAGUGGAUCAGAUCUCAAUUAACUGCUAGGUUCUAUGGCUCAUCCUCAUCCCGUCUUUAUUGAGCGGCUUUAGUGCUGCUGUCCUCUCCUGGCUCUGACUGUGAUUAAAACUCAGUGGAUAAUGACAACUCUGUUAAAGGACCAGUGCAGCCAUUUUUAUCUCUUUCAAAUCGUUUAAACAAAACAACUAAACAAAAAUAGCUUCUUAGCAGAGAGCAAUUUCUCAAGCAAGAAUUUAGCUAGGACUGUCAGAGUGGUUUGAGUGGUGAGGGGGAAACUGAAAAUUAGCUGUUAUUGGCAGAGAGGUUUGGAACUCUCUUUCUUAUUGGUCUAUUAACUAAAUACCGCAUGGUGAUGUCACCAUGGAAGGUCAAAACUCCAUCCCACCAAAACAGGCUGAAAUUUCAGGUGGUCUUUUCAACCAGCUCUUACACUACGAACAUCAUUUUCACAGUAUUAUUCCAACCUCAUAGUGUGGAAAUAUAGAGUAUAUAUAAAACACAGGAAAAUUACGUUUUUGACUGCACUGGACCUUUUAACCUCUUUUUUUCAAUUUUCGCCUAAAACCUAACCUGAAGCAAGGAUAUGCAUAUUCUUGAAACCAUUUGAAAGGAAACACUUUGAAGUUUGUGGAAAUGUGAAAUUAAUGUAGGAGAAUAUAACACAUUAGAUCUGGUAAAAGAUAAUACAAACAAUAAAACAUGCAUUUUUUUAUCAUCUUUGAAAUGCAAGAGAAAGGCCACUAUAUAAUAUUGCAGUUUAGGCACAAUUUAGAUUUUGCCCACUAGAUGGCAGCAGUGUGUGUGCAAAGUUUCAGAUUGAUCCAGUGACGCAUUGUAAUACUGGACUAUUUUGUAUCAAGUCUGCCUAAAUGUGCCGAAUUGGUCAAUUGAUACAUUUUCAAGUACAUAACUAUAGAGAACAUACAAAAAUGAUAUGGUAAUACAAAAUGUAAGUUUACACACUCCCAGGAAUGUCAUACAUGAUGGAUCAUUAACUUAUACACUAACUUUCACACAUCUAGAUGGCCGGGCGGGGUGGGUGGGUGUGGAGCCAGAGACGGCAGGGGUUCAAACUGUAGAACCCAGUUCCUACAUUUUGAAUAUAAAAAUGGAUUUUAUCAAACAAAACUAUGCUACAUUUUAUCGUUGGGACCCUUAGGAUGACAAAUCAGAGCAAUAUUACUGAAUGUAAGUACAUUAUUUACCUUCAGAGGUGAUGUAUCAAACCAGUUGCCGUGAUACGUUUUUUGUUGUUGUGCACUCUCCUCAAACAAUAGCAUGGUAUUUUUUCACUGUAAUAUCUACUGUAAAUUAGACAGUGCAGUUAGAUUAAUAAGAAUUUAAGCUUUCUGCCCAUAUACAGUAAGACAUGUCUAUGUCCUGGAAAGUUUGCUUUUACUUACAACAGUCAUGCUAAUUACAUUAGCACACGUUAGCUCAACCGUCCCGUAUACGGGACACCGAUCCUGUAGAGGUUAACAGGCCCCUUCCUCUCUUCAGUUAACCUGUCAGGCCUUUCUUUCUGUCACAAACUCACCAAGUCUUUGGGGGAAUACAUGAAAGGAAGAUAUUGAACAGAAGAGGAGGAGUCCUCUGAGACAUUUUAGUUGACAACAGAGAUGCACAGUAGUCACUCAAACUAACCAUAUGCCUGUUUCUGGUGUGAAUGCUGCAGUCUCUCACCAUUUAGGACUAGCUUUGCUAGUAUUGCACUGUGAAAAACAUAAAUAGAAUCCUUCCAUGAGAUGUCUCGGUACUGGGGGUCUUCCAUCCUCUUGGCUCAGAUCAUGGUUCAUCAACACACGGCCCACGGGCCAAAAGUUAGUUUUUGGACAAUCACAAGGAAUUCAGCAAAAAAUAUUUUUCUGUUCGGGAAAUCUGUUCCCAAGUAUUCCCACAAAUAAACAAAAAUACACACGAUGGUGUCUAAAUGUAAUCAAUGUAUGAAAUGAUUGUGAUUUUCAAAUGCAAUCUCUUUUUGGACCUAGUUGUGGUCAAUUUGCAAUGUACAAAUUAUUAUAAUUAUUUUCCGGCCCCCCGACCAUUCACUCCGACAAACAUCGUCCCGCGGCUGAAUGUAGUUGCCUACUCCUGCCUUAAGAUGAGAUUGAACUGAGAACGCUAACCCUCCUCUCCCCAUCUCACCUAUUUUAAUUCUGGAGUGAAUCCAUCGACCAUAACCUCUCUCUCCCUGUCUCCUCCAGGAUGUCCGCGGCCGGUGGGUGUGCAGCAUGGGGAGAUGGUGAACCAGACUGAGGCUAACCGAGGCUCCUCCCCCCCUGGUACCCUGCUGUCCUAUAGCUGUGAGCCAGGCUACGCCCCCGAUGGACCCACCACCAUCACCUGUACCACCGCUGGAACAUGGUCCCACCAGCCUCCACACUGCAUAAGCACUGAUGGUUAGCAACACACACACGUUGCAUACGAACCAACGGGGGGGAGAUAUAUAUACAACACACACACACACUGAACCAAUGAUUAGUAGUAGUAAAACACACACUCACCAUUACUUGUCCUUCCUUACACAUCUUAUUGGCUUUUUCUAAUCUGCAUUGAUUAGAAUACUUUUCUGACUUCUCUCUCUGACUCUCUCUCCCCUCCCCUCUCCCCCCCCCCCCCCAGUGUGUCCCCCCCCCACGGAGCCAGAGAACGGAGGGUACAGGUGCCACCCGUCCCCCUGCCACCGCCUCACCCAGAAGACCGUGAUAGAGUACUUCUGUGACGAGGGCUACGCUCUGAAGGGGGACUACAAAUUCCUCACCUGUGAGAACGGGGAGUGGGACGCUCCCAUGCAGAUCACCUGCCGCCUCAGCCAAGGUUAAGACCCAGAGUUACUACUCCUCAUAUCGUACCUGUUGUAAUGUAGACCUUUACCAGACCACUGUUCUGCCUGAGACACGGAUUUGACUGUGAGGCAAUUAUUUAAAAACCUAUUACAUUUCAAACUCAAUUGACAAAAGAAUCCAAAAGUAUUGUCCACUGCCAGUCCUGUGUGUCCUCUCUUCUGACUGUCUCUCUCUCUCUCUCUCUCUCUCUCUCUCUCUCUCUCUCUCUCUCUCUCUCUCUCUCUCUCUCUCUCUCUCUCUCUCUCUCUCUCUCUCUCUCUCUCUCUCUCUCUCUCUCUCUGUCAAUUCAAUGUGUUAUUGGAAAGUAGAUAUUCGUAUUGCCAAAGGAACAAUCCUAAACCUCUUUCUCUCUCUCCUUCUCAGAUAAGGAGCCGCGGUCUCCGUUGACGAUGCCAGCUCUGUCCAUCGUAGCGUCCACAGCCUCCUCUGUAGCUCUCCUCCUGCUGUUGGUGGUGCUGUUCGUUCUCCUGCAGCCCAAGCUCAAGUCCUUCCACCACAGCAGGUACACACCUUUACAUCUGCGUGGAUAUUUUGCCUCCAUUUUGGGCCAGUCAGAUCCAGUUUGGCGAAGACAAAACUGGUUUUACAAGUUUAACAGGCCGAGCAAAUGAAAAUACCGUCAAAGUGGAAAGCUGCUGUAGAAAUAGUUCAACAGUUAACCAACAGGUGUGCAUAUCGCUAACAGCCGUACCGUCUCUGGGUCUGUGAUUUAACAGUCGGUACUCAUUAGAUCUAAUGUUAGUAGGCAGCCCUGUUGAUUGUGUUGUCAGGCCUGGGGGGCUUUGAGGCAUGGUGGCAUGCAUGAUGAGUUCCACAACCACCUCUAGUCUACACAGGACAGGAACAUCACACAGCACCGCACCACCAUAAAUACUGGGUGGCGUGCAAUAUCCUAAAUCUUUCUCUCUCCCUCUCUCUCUCUUAUACACGCCUCCCUUCUUUCUAUUACAUUCUCUCCCAUCUGCUCCUCCUCUCUCUCCCUCUAGGCGUGAGCAGGGUGUCUCAGGCCAGCCAGCCUCCAUCGUGGUGGAGGGGGUCCAGGUGGCCCUCCCCUCCUAUGAGGAGGCCGUGUACGGCAGCGGCGGUGCCUCUCUCCCCCCUCCUCCAGAGUCCCGGGUCCAGAUCGUCCUGUCUGAGGGGCCCCAGGGGGCCGAGGGCGGUGCAGAGAUGCUGGGGCCCAGCAGUAGAUCCCAGUCCCACCAUCACAGAGACGGAGAGAGAGACAGUGAUACAGAGCUGUGCCUCCCUUCCACCUCCUCCUUCCCUUCAUCCUGCCGUCACUCAGAGACGGUACUAGUCCACCAGGCCCCCUCCUGCUCUUCCUCUUCGUCGUCGUGGGUUACGGCGCAUGGAGGGGGUGCCCUUGCCAGACGUAGGAACUCGGAGAGCAGCGACCAGCGCAGCCUGCUUUCUAUCACCUCCGUAGACGACUUCUCUGACGGUAGGUGGUGCCGUGUGUGUGUGCUCGCUCACAUGCAUGUCCUCCGCUGUCCAAGGCUUCGUAUUAGCCCUUAGACAUUGUUUACCUUUUGUAGUCUUGACUGGACUCUCAUCCCAUCUUCACUUCUACCUGCAUUCAUACAUACUGUAGCCUGUAGCUAUAAUCUCUCUCCUCUCUGUGUCUCUCUCUCCAGAUAUCCCCCUGUUAAAGGAAGCCUGAAGCCCCCUGCAGCAGCACCACUCCCCCCUACAGCUGACCAGGAAACACUGAGGCUUCUGCUGGGGCCUACUGGGGCUUUCUACCUGAACUAUACCACCCUACCCUAUAUCUCUGAACCACAGAACUACAGAAUUACCCAGCGCAGCAAAGACAGGAAUCAUGUCAAAGAAACUCAACCUCCCUCCACAUCUGCAACUUCUCACACGGUGCAAAGACGAGUAGAGUCCACUUCACCCCCAACUAUUACCACCCAUGCACAGAAAUGAGACAAACCAUGUCCGCCCCCAGUAUCCUCUCCCCGUGUCCUGGCUACCCCUUCUGCAAUGAUCUCUAAACUACUACCCGUGUGGAGAAAAGACAAGACUACUCCCUCCCUCUCUCUCUCAUACUGGGAACUGAUGAACCUGUAAUAACUACUGACCCCCUCAGCUUCAGAAUGGAUCUCAACACAGACAGACAGGCAAGCAGACAGGCAUCAAGUGGUUCCAGCUAAAUAUAGAUGCAUACUGUAUGUAUAAGAGCACACAUAGUCACUGACCAAAGGUUUGGUACUGUGUAUGUGUCACUAUGUACACAGCAGAGCCAUUUAUAUAUACAGGGUUCUCCCAAAAUAUUUAAGAGAGGCGCUGCACCACCUUGUGGACUGGCUGCGCCACUAUGUUAAAAAAACAAUUUAUCAUUUAAGGCAAUUUUUUUGCUCUAGAUUGCAGGAAAUGACCCUGCCGUACUCAGCAGCACCACCUUGUUAAAAUAAAUCCUGGGGAGAACCCUGAAAUAGCUCUGGUACACAGAACACACUUCCCUCUAGGCCUAGGUGCCGUCACCCAAUCAGCCACACUUCCCUCUAGGCCUAGGUGCCGUCACCCAAUCAGCCACACUUCCCUCUAGGCCUAGGUGCCGUCACCCAAUCAGACACACUUCCCUCUAGGCCUAGGUGCCGUCACCCAAUCAGACACACUUCCCUCUAGGCCUAGGUGCCGUCACCCAAUCAGCCACACUUCCCUCUAGGCCUAGGUGCCGUCACCCAAUCAGACACACUUCCCUCUAGGCCUAGGUGCCGUCACCCAAUCAGAACACACUUCCCUCUAGGCCUAGGUGCCGUCACCCAAUCAGAACACACUUCCCUCUAGGCCUAGGUGCCGUCACCCAAUCAGAACACACUUCCCUCUAGGCCUAGGUGCCGUCACCCAAUCAGCUACACUUCCCUCUAGGCCUAGGUGCCGUCACCCAAUCAGACACACUUCCCUCUAGGCCUAGGUGCCGUCACCCAAUCAGACACACUUCCAAAGGCUUUAUCUCAAACCGCAAGGCUAGUAGCUAACAUAAUUAUGCUUUUAUCGCUGCUGCUGAUGAUAAUGAUUACUGUGGAUACAGACUUGUACUUGUGCAUCUCCCUACUCUAAUGCGGAUAAGGAGUAUCUCUCUUCAAUGAGGACUAUCUUGGUUUGGGCCUUGGCCUGGUUUCGCUGGCUUAUGCUGCAUGUUUUCUGUAUUGAUCAAUGGAUGACGUCCUGCGGCCCACACGGUGGCCCUGUCUGUCCACUCUGAAUGAAGCUAAUAAUUAAAGCCCCUCUCCAACUCUGCUGCCACUCUCUGGCAUCUCCUUGGGUCAGACAGCGCCGCUUUCGUCUGAGGGACCAGUGUCACAUAGGAGUGACGUCACCUGUCAGAAGACGAUACACGUAGGAUGGAUGGAAGGAGCGCGUCACCAAAGCAAGCAGAUAGCAGGGCUAUAGACAGACUGUAUCAUGUUAAAAGAAGAUCAAUGCCUUUUUCUGUUCGUCACAACCACCCGAUAUCUGUGUUGUUUUGGGCUCCCCUUUUGAUGUGACUAUCUGAGGGGGAGGUUUUGUUUGGGAGGCGUCAGUAUAUUUUUGCCGCCUGGCUGUGUGUGUGUGUGUGUGUAUCUGGCUGUGGAACUGAACAACAUAUGACUGUUUCAUGAAUGAAGAGGGCUGCACUAUAAUGUCAAAUUAACCAAGGCCUUGUUGUUGUUGUUUUUUACAUGAUGAAAACAUGUUUAUUUGGUGUUUGGUGACUGGACAUUAGAUAAUAUAUUUCUUUUUUUCAAUCUAUUUAUUGCGUGUGGGGCAAGGUUGGGUCCACUUGAGGUGUUUGUCACUUGGUUCGGAUGCGCUAAAAAUGUGUUUGUGUGUGUGAGAGUGUGUGUGGGUGUGGGUGUGUGUGUGGGUGUGUGUGUCUUUGCCUCUGUGUACGUUAGGCGAGAGAGAACGGACAUGCCCAUAGAAUGGGUACACAGGAAAUGGUACCCAGGAUCCCUGCCCUUAGUAGAGAUGGCUUCACACAGCUACCCCAGUUCAAAAUGGCUGCCCUCUUUUUUUCCUGCUUUUUACAAUGGUCAUAAGAACAAACAGUCCUUACUGUAAGAAUACAGUACAUGAUGUAUAUUUUAAAUGUUCAAGGAUUAAAAUGUCCUCCAUUUUCUGCAGAGUUGCUUCAGAGUAACCUCGUGGAUCUGCGACUUAAACUGA